AUGACUGAAUAUGUCGUCACCCGCUGGUACAGAGCUCCUGAGCUGCUCCUCUGCUGUGACAACUAUGGAACAUCCAUAGACGUUUGGUCUGUUGGGUGCAUCUUUGCUGAGCUCCUUGGCCGCAAGCCAAUAUUUCCAGGAACUGAAUGCCUAAAUCAGCUCAAGCUCAUAGUGAACGUUCUCGGCACCAUGAGUGAGGCUGACCUAGAGUUCAUCGACAACCCAAAAGCUCGGAGAUACAUUAAGUCCCUCCCCUACACUCCUGGUGUUCCCCUUGCAAGUAUGUACCCACAUGCACACCCUCUUGCCAUUGAUCUAUUGCAGAAGAUGCUCAUCUUCGACCCCACCAAAAGGAUUAGUGUCACCGAGGCUCUCGAGCACCCUUACAUGUCCCCUCUGUAUGAUCCAAGUGCAAAUCCCCCAGCCCAAGUGCCCAUCGAUCUCGACAUAGAUGAAAAUAUCAGCUCAGAGAUGAUCAGGGAAAUGAUGUGGGAGGAGAUGCUUCACUACCACCCUGAAGUUGUCACAGCAAUAAGCAUGUCAUGA